UACCGCCGCCAGGCGCCAGGCACAGCCGCAAGCACCGCGCCGCCCUCGUCCACCCACGUCGGCCGCGCGGCCGCGCCGCGGCGCCGCCCCGCGCCCCCCGGCCCCCGCGGCGAGAUCCCGCCGCCCGCCGCCGCCAGACCCUUUCAGGCCUCCACCGGCAGGUCAACCCGCGGUCCCGCGCGGCGCGGCGGCCUCUCGACUCUCGGCGCUCGCGGCGCGCCGGCGCCGGCGCAGCCCCACCAGGCGACCGCACACCCCCUCGGGGCCUCGUCCGCUCCCCCCCCCCCCCCCCCCACCCCCCAACCAGGACUGCCUGCUGCCCCCUACCGCGAGGCAGUCAAAAAUGAAGAAGUCAAAAAAUAUUGAUCUGAAAUCAAUGUGGGAAAGGGCUACGAAGACACGCAGGGGUCUCGGCAGCGAGACGUCACUACGCCGGCACCGCGGACCGGCUUGGCUGUGGAUCGCCGUAGCGGUGCUGGUGACCGGCACCAUCUGGCUCUGGUCCUCCUCCUUCGUUGGCCUCCUCGGCACCUACAGGGUCCAGGAUUAUGUUGUAAAUGAAUUAUGGAGAACUGCAGAUUCAAAUGGUUGGAGAGCAUCUUCCGCACCACGCACCUAUUGGUCUCCCCCACCAAUUGAGUCUGAGAGCAAUGGGUACUUGCGUGUCCGGUGCAAUGGCGGUUUGACCCAACAACGUAGUGCGAUAUGUAAUGCUGUUGUUGUAGCACGAAUCAUGAAUGCUACACUAGUUCUGCCAGAGUUAGACACAAAUUCAUUCUGGCAUGAUAAGAGUGGUUUUGUAGAUAUAUAUGAUGUUCCCCACUUCAUCAACUCAUUGAAAUAUGAUGUUCGAAUUGUUAUGAGUGUUCCAAAAAUCACUGCACAGGGAAAGACCAAGAAGCUUAGAGCAUAUAAGAUUGACCCACCUAGAGAUGCACCGGUUACUUGGUACAGGACAACUGCUCUGGAGAAGAUAAGGAAGUACGGUGCGAUAUAUUUAACUCCAUUUUCACACCGUUUGGCUGAAGAAAUCGAUGAUCCAGAGCUACAGAGAUUGAGAUGCAGGGUGAAUUAUCACGCAUUACGAUUUAAGUCAAAUAUCAUGAAAACAAGCAGUGAUAUAGUGAAUAAGCUCCGUUCAGAAGGUCAUUUCAUGUCAAUCCAUCUUCGGUUUGAGCUGGAUAUGCUUGCUUAUGCUGGGUGCGUUGACAUAUUCACACCUAAAGAACGGGAAAUCCUUUUGAAGUAUCGUGCAGAUCAUUUUCCAGAAAAGUCACUUGUCUCCAAGGAAAGGAGGCUCAUUGGAAAGUGCCCUUUAACUCCAGAAGAGGUAGGUCUUAUUCUGCGUGCUAUGGGAUUUGAUAACACAACACGGAUUUACCUUGCUUCUGGCAAGCUCUUUGGUGGAGAACGCUUCAUGAAGAUAUUCAAAGAUAUGUUUCCACGUCUAGAAAACCAUAGUAUGGUCGGAAGUGGAAAGCUGGAAGAAACCCGAGGGCUAGCAGGCUCAGCAGUUGAUUACAUGGUCUGUCUCCUGUCGGACAUUUUUAUACCCACAUAUGACGGCCCGAGCAACUUUGCAAACAAUCUCAUGGGGCAUCGCCUGUACAAUGGUUUCCGAACCACAAUCACACCAAACAGGAAGGCCAUUGCUCCGAUAUUCAUGGACAGGGAGGAAGGGCGUGCAUCUGGAUUUGAGGAGAGGGUCAGGCAGGUCAUGUUCAACACCCAUUUUGGCGCCCCCCACAAGCGCAACCAUCCAGAGUCUUUCUACACAAACUCAUGGCCAGAGUGCUUCUGCCAGACGAAAGCUAGGAAUCAUGCUGACCAGUGCCCACCCGACAGUUUAAAUGAUGUCCUUGUAAGCCAGUUCCAGGAUAAAGAAGAUACAGAAGUGGAAGCUACUAAUCAAACUGACUCCACCAGCCAAACCGAAGAGUUGGCUGAUGGAACUGGUUUAGCUACGGUUUAGUGACUGAGAACAGAUUAUUCGUCACAGACUCACAGACCUGGGUAUGACAUUUUUGGAGGAAGGAUUGGUGGCUCCAGAUCUCUUAAGGCGAUUAUGUUCAACUCAAGAUUUAGUUGGGAGGGUGAGAACUGGAUUUUGGAUAGCUUUGGCCCGACCCCAAAUCGCCGCCCCUCUCCAUUCCUCUUUCUAUGCUCCUCUCUUCCCCACCGCCUAUUGCUGCGCCGCGCUGUCGUCGCUGACCUCGCCGCCGCCCUUCCUCUUCCAUCCUCCCCUCCCACGGAUGACUCCCAGCGUCGUUGUUGUCCUCGAGGAUCACCCCUGCAGUCGUUCCUGGCCUGCGACUAGGGCUCGGCCCUAACCCUAACCGAUGCCUUCCAUGCUCUCGUACGGCCACCGCAUGCUUAUUGUUGUCCAUGGUCGUGUCGUCGAUGGAGGCAGUGGGCACAGGAGCCUCGUCAUUGCAUCAGCCGUGGAGCUGGAAGAGGCCAGCGGGAUGCAUCCACCCAUCCAACACUCGAUUGAUUUUCAUGUGAGUCUGUGGAUUGGUUCCUUCGUCCCGUUUCUAAUUUGCUUGUUAGCCA